CGUCUUUAUUGAUUGCCGAAGAAAAAGUCUUCUGGAAAAACACUGGAGAAAUUGGUCAUCCACGCAUAGUUUUCGUACAAUUUCUAGUAUAUUGUAUUUUUAUAUUUCUUAUUUUCCCAAGCUAUUCUUCUAAGUUUACAAACUUGAACCAGUAAGGAUGAAAGGCAUUWUCUUGGCCAUCUUUACAGUGGUCCUCGUUGGACGACUGUGUGCGGCUUUUCCAAAGACUGCCACGAAAGUUCGUUCUUCGUUAGAACCUGGAAAGGAAUUGAAAGAAGUAAAGUAUGACCAGGAAUUGGUGUCAUCAUUCGAAUGGAGAGAGCUAUUGGAACAUAUUCCUGACAGCUUAUUCCCAAUUCUUGAAAAAAUUCUGAAAGGAAUCGCCAGAUCCAGGAGUCCUGAAGAUAUUAUUAAAGCAAUCUUAACAAGGGACUGGAAAUAUCUGGGAGGGAAAAAGGAUAAAAGAAGGCGAAGAAGAAAGAACAAGAAAGACAAGAAGAAGGAGGAGGAAGAAACUGAGAAAGAGGGGGAAACAAAAGAGCCUCAAGAAGAAUAGAUUCCCUCGACAAGGAAUGUGCCUGCACUAAAACCAGACGAACCAGUUUAACGAUUAAAGGAUCAGUUGGAAUUAGCAACAGAAUAUGACCAAAGAAAAAAUAAACGAAUAAUAUUGAAGAGUGUUGUGUGUAUAUAAAUAAAUCUGUUCCUGCUAAA